AUUGCCUGUUUGUACUGCUGAGGUGUUGCUGAGGAUGGAUGGGGGUGGGGGGGUUGUGAAUGACUGAGGCAGCAGAGCAGCUGAGUGAGACUAACAAGUGGUUGCCAUGCAGCAGGAGCCAGCGUGUGUGCUUUUAGAGGGAGAGAUAGAGAUACAGAAUGAUAAUGAGCAGGACGCAGCAAGUAAAGCAGCACUAGGACAGGAGCUGCGUCUCUCAGAAGACACAACAGACUGAUCCAGCCUUUGUCCGGCUCUUCUGGCUUUCUGCUCAGACGAGCUGUUAGCUUUAGCACACCCAGAAUGCCAGCAAUGGAUGGACUGAUGGAUACAUGUAAAAGAGCUCCAUGGUGGAGGAGUUGUUCACAAGGCACGGCAGCAACAGGUCUGUAAGGAUGGCACGAUAAUGAUGGUAACAUGCAGGCUUUCAAAUGCCUGACCCCGUCAGAUGAGAGAUGAGGCACCUAGAUGUGGGUUUACCAUGAGCAGCAUCCACUUCAACCACUCCCUUGCUGCCAUGAGCGGAAACGACAUGAUGGCGCACGCUCUGACUCUGGAGCAGAAGACGGCGUUUGCUUUUGUGGGAAUGCUGCUGGUGUUCCUGGGGCUUCUGAUUGUCCGGUGUUUCAGGAUCCUGCUGGACCCGUACAGCAGCAUGCCUUCUUCCAACUGGGCCGACGGCAUCGAGGGGCUGGAGAAGGGGACGUUUGAGUAUGCCCUUACUUAACAAUAGGACAGAGAAGCAAACAUGUUCUCACUAAAAAAAGAAGCGUGCACAGGGACAUGAACACAUACACACACAUUCAAAGACAUACAAGCCACAGCCCUGCAAAACCUCUUCAAC